GGGACCCCCGCCGCCGCCCCCGCCCCCGCCGGGAAACCUGGCCUCCGGGCCCGGGCGCAAGGCAGGAAAGGCCGGCUUUCAAAUGAAGAGCCCGGAGAAGAAGCGCCGCAAGUCCAACACGCAGGGCCCGGCCUACUCCCACCUCUCGGAGUUUGCUCCCCCGCCGACCCCGAUGGUGGACCACCUGGUGGCCUCCAACCCCUUUGAGGAUGACUUUGGGGCCCCGAAGGUGGGCUCGGCCGCCGCGCCCUUCCUGGGAGGCCCCGGGCCCUUCAGCAACUUCCGCAUGCAGGGCCCGAUGGGGCCCCAGGUCCCUCCCGGCUACGGAGGAGGGGGCCCCCAGCCCCUGCGCAGGCAGCCCCCGCCCUUUGGCCCCGGGCAGAUGGGCCCCGCCGCCGCCGCCGCCUUCAGCCUGCCCCCGCAGAACCCCGCCUACGUGCAGCCGGGCGGGAUGGGCUUUGGCGGCCCCCAGCCCUUUGGCCAGCCCCUGGGACAGAACUUCAGCCCCCCCGGCGGGCAGCUCAUGCAGGGGCCCAUGGGGGGCUUCGGCCCCAUGAUUUCCCCCACGAUGGGGCAGCCCCCCCGCGGAGGAGGGGACAUGGGCCCCGGCCUCAACGCCCCCGGCGGGCCCCCGCCCAUGCCCCAGCGCUUCGGCCAGCCGGGCAACCUCUUUGGACAGAACCCCAUGCAGCGCCCCAACCCCAACCUCCCCAACCUGCCCCCCAACCCCAGUCCCUUCCCCGGACCGGAUCCCGGCUUCAAUCCCGGAGGCGGAGGAGGAGGAGAAGAUGGCGGCGGAGGAGGAGGGGGCGGUGGCGGAGGAGGAGGGGGGAAGCCCCUCAACGCUCCCCCCAACGCCUUCCCUCCGGAGCCGCACACGACGGGCUCCCCAGCGGCGGCCAUGAACGGCACCCAGGCCCCCUUCGUGCCCAACAGCGGGGGCAACGGGGGCACCCCGGAGGGCAACAGUGUGGCUCCCGGCAGUGGCGGCGGCGGUGGCGGCGGCGGCUCCUCCUCCUCGGCCCCCUCCUCCGGCAAGGCCCCCGGGGGCCCCUCCGGCCACCAGCCGCCCCCGGGCCUGGUGUACCCCUGCGGGGCCUGCCGCAGCGAGGUCAACGACGACCAGGACGCCAUCCUGUGCGAGGCCUCCUGCCAGAAGUGGUUCCACCGGGAGUGCACCGGCAUGACCGAGAACGCCUACGGGCUGCUGACCACCGAGGCCUCGGCCGUCUGGGCCUGCGACUUCUGCCUCAAGACCAAGGAGAUCCAGUCCGUCUACAUCCGGGAGGGCCUGGGGCAGCUGGUGGCCGCCAACGACGGGUGAGCGGCCACCCUUUCGGACACAGGCCCGCCUUCCGGGCGUCCGGCCACCGCCUUGGCCUGUUGCGGGCUGCUUAAGGUGGACAGAAGGGA